AUGAACGAUCUUGAAAGAUACAAUAGCGGCUCGAGCGAUGGGAAGAUCGAGGACUGCAAGGUUACACUUCCAAAAAUAAGCGAAUCAGCAACUGAAGAGUCAACAUUCUUGAGUACCGAAGCCUCUUCAUUUCAUUUAACUAGAAUAGCCGAGGGUGGAUCGAUCAAGGAGUCACACGAAAAUAAGAAAGGCGGCAAGUUACGAGUUCCUCCAAGGAAAUUCACGAGCAAUCUCUACCACCGAUCCGAGGAAGCCGAGCUGAAACUCCUGUACGAGCAUUCUGUAGACGCAGAGAACUGCUCCUUAAUUCUGCUAACGGGUAGGACUGGUACCGGAAAGACGCAUUUGGCUCAAACGCUCGAGUCCGCUGUGCAGAAGAGAUCCGGAUUCUUUUUGAAGGUCAAGUUUGAUCAGCGUAUGCACCCUAUCCCUUACGCAGCACUUAUUUCAGCCGUUACUCAGUUUGUGCACAUUGUCGUGGAAGAAGGGGAAACAGCCACAUUGCAAGUUCGCGAGGCUGUCGGCAAUCACGUCGGUGAUGGAAUCGAGGCACUGACCAGCAUUAUCCCGGAAUUGGAAGUGUUGCUUGGAAAGUCCCGGACAGCACACCUCCCUAUGAAAGCCGCAGCUGUUGGAACUCAGCGUUUUGUUUUUACAUUCCACCUGUUCCUUCAGGCUAUCUGUACGCUGAAGCGACCAAUUGUGGUAUUGCUUGACAAUUUUCAUUACGCGGACCCUUGUACUCUCGAUAUACUGAGCUUUGUAGUUGCCGACGGCGGCCAGCAAGGCCUUGUUCUUCUCGUGACGUGUGAUGUGACCGAAGUCGGCACUGAUAGCUACUUGGCUGUUAAGCUCCGAGAUAUUGAAAGACAGACGCAAGCUCAAAUUCACACUUUAAACAUUGACCAUCUUGACCUUGAUUCUACUGAAGAAUUUCUUGCUGGUUCGCUGGAAGCUGAGAAAGGCUAUAUUCACUCUUUGGGAACAAUUGUUUUUCAGGAAACUGGAGGAAACUUUCUAUUCAUGAUGGAAUUUCUCCGGCGGCUUUCUGCUUCGGACCUGCUAUACUUCGACCAUGACAUUGAACAGUGGAAAUGGGACGUAUCGGAUAUUCGGACCAUGAGUGAGUCUAAGACCGUGCAUGAAUUUCUAGCGGAAGUACUCGAGCAAGUCUCCCGUGAUCACAAAGACGUCCUGAAGGUUGCGUCCUGUCUGGGGUCACAAAUCGACGAAUCUCUUAUAGAAAUGGUACUGGGCUUUCCUGUUCUACACUAUUUGGAGGAGUCCCUGAGGUGUGGAUUAUUGCAUUUCGACAAAAUCUGUGCUUGCCUCACUUUCGCAAACGACGUGACUGAACAGGCGGUAUAUAGCCUCAUUCCUCAAACAGAAAGGCCGCUUUUUCACUUGGAAAUUGGAAGGAGAUUAUGGAGAAGGCUUAGUGAUGACUGUUUCGAUAAGAAACUGUUCAUUGUACUAUCGCAGAUGAGGAUGGGACAAAACCUUAUCACAAGAAACAGCGAACGAACAAAAGUUGCUUGGCUCUGCCUCCAUGCAGGAAGAAGAGCGGCUAUGGCAUCGGCCUUUCAAACUUCUCGCGUGUAUUUGGUAUUCGGAAUCGAGCUUUUAGAAAAUACAAGCUGGCGGGAAAACUAUGACCUUACACUGGCGCUGCACAAUUCUAUUGCUGAAGUUGAUAUGUGUCUAGCUCUGUUUGAGUCAAUGGAUACGUGCUUGGCAGCAAUCUUGAGCAAUGCUCGGACCUUUUCUGAUAAACUUAGCGCUUAUAGGACAAAAAUCCAUGCCUUCGGAAUCCGAGAGCAUCAAAUUCGUGCCAUUGGUCUAGGCAUGGAAGUACUCCAGGGACUAGGAGAGAAAUUUCCGAAGCGUCAUCUUGCCUUUCAUCUUCGGAACGAAUUGAAAGGGCUCAGAGCGGCGCUUAAGGGCAAGAGCGACGAGCAGCUCCUGCGGCUACCAAUAAUUGGGAAUCCGGAGAAAUUGGCAGCAAUUCAGAUUCUCCAUACUUUGAUGAUGUCUUGUAUGCUUGCGAAGCCUGAGUAUCUUCCGUUUGUCAUUCUCCGGAUGCUCAAACUUACUUUGAUUUACGGGUUGAGCCCAUUGGCUGCCACAGCAUUUGCGGCGUAUGGUAUGCUUUGCAUCCCUUCGGAAUGUCAAGGCGAUGUGGAUGUGGCUUUUCGUUUUGGCGACCUUGGUCUAUUGCUAUUGAAACGCUUCAAGGCCAUUGAAUUUUGUCCACGUGUAUAUGCACUGUAUUUUGGUUGUAUAUAUUGUUGGAAGAAGCCACUUAAAGAUGCCAUGGAUCCUUUACUUCAUGGUCAUCGUAUUGGAAUGCACACUGGCGAUGAUGAAUUUGCCAGUGUAUGCGCAAGUAUAUACUGUAUUCAUGCAUUUGAGGUUGGCGUAUCAUUGCAUAGCAUGCGGCGAGUAUGGGAAGGUAUCUACGAGUGGAUGCUGUCGAAGAGACAAAGUUCACUCCUUUCAAUUUCACUUCCUUGGCUGCAAGCCUUGCAUCACUUUAUGGGACUGUCGGACGAUCCUUUAUCCUCUAAGGGAAAUUUGAUUGAUUACGAUGAUGCAGUUUUUCGUGCCGAGGCGAUCGGUGCAACAGUGUAUGUUGUAGGAAUUCGCUUCACUCAGAUGAUCUUAGCUUACAUUUUUAACGACUACGAAAAAGCCGCCACCAUUUCGCUGGGAUUACAAGACAUUUCUCUGAUUCCGCCAACCAUCGAGCGAAUGGUCGGAGUGUUUUAUCUUGCUUUAACUUCGCUCGCAAUGGUAAAACGGAAAACGCUUGUCCGACAGAAUCUAAAGGUUGCCAAACGGUCAAUAUCCACCCUUAAGAAAUGGGCAGACCAUUCGCCGUACAACUGUUUGGAGAAACUAUUGCUCGUUCAAGCGGAGUUAGCAUCAGCUCAGAAUCAAAACUCAAGGGCCAGUACUAAGUACAUCCUUGCGAUUGCCAUGUCUAAGGAGUCCAAUCUUUUGAUGAACCAGGCUUUAUCCAACGAGAGAGCAGCGAGGCACUUUCAGGACAUGGGAGAUACUGAUGCGGCAAAACCUUUUUUCGUUGAAGCAUUGCGUUGUUAUGAAGAGUGGGGCGGCAACGCCAAAGUUGUCCGCCUGUUCGCCGAAGUCUCACAAAUCUAUGGAAGUGAGCAAGCUUAAAUGAGGCGCCUUUCUCUCGGCCUUUUCAGAUCACCGAACAUGGUUAUCUCAACUUCAAGAAAGAAGGCUUCCCGAACCCUAACACCCAACAGUGCAAAUGAUCAAACAAUGUCCACUGAACAGGGCUGAAUAACCAAGGUUGCUUGGCAUGCCGUGAUCUAGUCUCUUUCUACUCUCGCUUCGUUUCGAGGCCUGCCAUUGCGAC